AUGUGGCAACAAGUGCAGAGGGUCUCUACCUCCAAUUGGACCCAAACUCAGGUUUUUCAACAGUUUUGGACACAUUUGAGGGUGGAAACACGAUUCCAGACCCUGCUAUACUAUCGCUUGAGUUCCUGUGAUUGCUGGUUUGAAGAAGUUUUGGGAACUGAUAACUUAACUACAUUACUGUGGAACGAUCAGACUUACCCACAUUACAUAAGACACCGACAGAAUAUGGAUAUAUUAACAGUGGUUUGCCUGAGACUUAAUCAAUACAGGAAGGUAUUGCACGCAUUGAGCUUAAUACUGGAUCAAAUACGGAGUAUGCCUGUGGUAUUGCAGCUUUGUGAGGAGGAAAAUUCGAUCCAGGAGCAGAAUUUGGCGAGUCUUAUAUUUAGACGAAGUGCAGAGCUAAAGAUGCCUAAUGUUAUUCUGCUUUCGUGCAACUUUUUCAGCUCCAGGAUUUUCUACGCCUAUGAUUUGUUUCCAAAAUUGCAAGUUAGGAAAUUAAUUUAUCACACAUACCUCACUCUAUUUCCCUACAAGCUGGAAAAUCUCCAAGGACAUCCCAUACGCACUUUGCCAGACAAUUCGGAGCCACACACCAUCGUGGAGAAAGACUCGAAUGGUUCUUUUAUCAUAAAUGGUCCUGUGUGGCAGCUUAUGCUCCACUUCGCUCGGCAUUUGAAUAGCAGCCUGGAACUCGCAGGAGAGCCAGUUUUCGGAAAGAGCCUAAGAUAUGUCCAGGUUCUCGAUUUAGUAAGGAAUGCAACGGUGGAUAUAACGGCCAGCUUGCGGCCCUUUAGUCACCGCAUCAACAAACAUUAUCUUAGCUAUCCAAUAAUGGUGGGCAACUGGUGCAUGAUGCUACCUACGGAGAGGUCUUUGAACGGCAAGGAGAUACUGAGCAAAUGGAUGGAGUCACCUUUUAUAUGGUUGUUUUUUCUACUUCUCUACAUUCUGCACAAAUGGAUGACCCAGCGAACACGCCUAAGAAGUCCCCUCAUUCAUCUAUUAAAACCUCUAACCCACUUGGUUCUCCUGUGUUUUCUCCAAGCCCAAUUUUCAGCCUUUUUCAUCGGAUCCCAGCAGGUUAAUCAUAUAACGAACAUGCAGCAAGUAGAGGAAUCUGGUCUGCGAAUUAGAGGAAUGAGACAGGAGUUCAUGGAGUUUCCCAUCGAUUUGAGGAGUAAAUAUGCCUCCUGCUUUCUUCUCCACGAUUUGUUUUUUGACUUGGCUAAAUAUAGGAAUGGUUUCAAUACCUCAUACGGUUAUACGGUGACCUCGGUGAAGUGGAAUCUCUACAAGGAAGCCCAGCAGUAUUUCCGACGUCCUUUGUUUCGCUACUCGGAGGACAUUUGCGUGCAGAAGUUGUCGCUCUUUUCACUCAUCCAUCAAAGCAAUUGUUUAUAUCGCCAACAACUGAAGGAGUUUAAUUUACGUUUGCACGAGGCGGGACUCAUUCGCCUGUGGUACCGCCAAUCCUACUACUUCAUGGUGAAAAUAGGACGUUUCCAUUUCGGAGACAACAGCUCAUCCCGCCAGGCGCAACCAAUUCCUUUGUCGGAAUGGCGGAUCGUAAUGGUGUUAUACGGCGCGGCACUUCUAAUUUCAGUGGCUGCCUUUGUCAUUGAGCUCACUGUUCACUGUGUAAAUGUUUGCCUACAAAACUUGUAG